AUGGAUAGCACAUUAGCACUACCAACUGCUUCAAUCUUAAUUCUCUUGUUUGAUGGAAUGUCUAAGAGACAUAAUUACAACUGGAAUUCUCGUAGCUGCUCAUAUGCUGUUUGGAAUGCUCCUAUGCGAUGUGGAAUGCACAAACUUAUGCAUCAUUUGGUGUUGCAAAUUCAUGACCAUGAUUGGCACCCCAUUGGUGAUACGAAGUCAAUUAAAGCAGAAGUGAAAGUGUCUGUGGGAAUUGGUCAUGGAGGGUACACUAUUCUUUGGUGGGUGCUGUGGAGGAUGAAAGCUAUAGGAAUCACAACUUCUUUUGCAAAAGCACCAAUGGAAUUUGUUCAUGGAAUUCAAAACUUGUGGACUUCACAGCCUCCUCCAAAAAUUCGGUAUGCAGCUCUUGUGAUUGGUACCUCAUUUAUUAUUGAAGGUGCUUCUCUUCUUGUUGCCAUACAAGCUGUCAAGAAAGGUGCAGCUGCUGAGGGCAUGAAGUUGACAGACUUUAUAUGGCGCGGACAUGAUCCCACAUCUGUUUCAGUCUUGACGGAGGAUGGCGCAGCUGUAACUGGUCUUGCUAUUGCUGUGGCUUCAUUGGUUGCAGUGAAUAGAACAGGAAAUGCACUUUAUUGGAAAAUAUUUUGA